AUGGAUCUCUACAUUCCUUCUGAUUUAAACAAUUGUGAUGAUGAUUUUUGUGACGAAAUGUUGCCAGUUGAAGAAAAAUUAGAAAGAAGAAUGGAUGAAUUGACAAUUUUAGAUGGUGAUGCAUUUGUCUCAAACACAACAAGCAAUUCCCAAACAACAGGUGCUUGGAUUCGUGCUAAACAUUUGGAAGAAGAAGGUUAUGAUCAAGAAUUGGUUGACCACAGUGAAAAUUUUGUCGAUUUGGUUAUUGUAAUGGAUUGUACUGGAUCAAUGUCUGGUGAAAUUGAAGUUGCCAAACGAACUGUCACUACUAUCAUCUCAACACUUCAUGAAAAGUUUCAAUCUGAUUUGAGAUUUUCAGCUGUCAGUUAUAGAGAUCACACUGAUGAUUAUGCAGUUAAGGAAUUCCCAUUUACAAAGGAUUUAAAUAAGGCAAAGGGUUAUAUCAAUACAAUGUCAGCUCAAGGUGGAGGUGAUCAUCCAGAAGCUUUGGCAUCAGCUCUCUAUGUCAUUAAUGAAAUGCCAUUUAAUAAGAAGGGAAAGAAGAUUGUUGUUUGGGUUGCUGAUGCUCCUCCACAUGGAAUGAAAUGUUAUUGA